AAAGUAUACGUUUGACAGGUGUAAUGUGAAUGUUUUUCCCGUAUUUUUUCAAGUGUUUAGAUGUCUGUACUUAAUCUAAGGUCACAAACUUUCCGUACACGGAAUUAUUUACAUGUGACGCAGCCACACGGCCUCAGAGCGAGUUACCGGUGAAGAAAAACUACAGAGCAUACUAGUGCUUUCUGCUCGGCAGUCUACGGGUUUUGUGUGUGUUUUUAGUUUGCCCUGAAACCUGAUGUGAUACCGUCGCCAUGUUAGUCUCCGUUUUAAAAUUAACGCUAUGGGUUUAAAAUUCAAUGGAAAAUGAGGUGAAGUCACCCUCUGUCAUUAGACUAUUUUAACUCACAGUUGGCUGGCAUACGGGCCAUGACCAUGUUCCCUGCAAAAGUAAAACGUCUGCACAGGCUGCUACAGCACACAUUUUGGUGCUCUCCUUCACUUGGAAAAGCACCUUGCUCCAGACUGAUUUUGGGCAUUGAGACAAGCUGCGACGACACUGGAGCUGCUGUGCUGGACGAGACGGGUGAAAUACUGGGAGAGUCUCUGCAUUCACAGAAAGAGGUUCAUCUGAGGACUGGUGGCAUCAUCCCCACAGUGGCACAGCAGCUCCACAGAGAACACAUAGAGCGUGUGGUCCAGGAGGCUUUGGAGAGGAGCGGCGUGGACCCGAGCCGGCUCUCGGCUGUGGCCACCACCGUGAAGCCGGGCCUGGCCCUGAGCUUGGGCAUCGGCCUCGAGUUCAGUAAGAAGUUUGUGAGGCAGCACAACAAGCCCUUCAUCCCCAUCCACCACAUGGAGGCCCACGCUCUGACCAUCAGGAUGCUGCAACAUGUCGCCUUCCCCUUCCUGGUCCUGCUCAUCUCUGGUGGUCACUCACUUCUCGCUGUGGCUCGAGGAGUCGACGACUUUCUGCUUUUGGGUCAUGCUCUGGAUGAAGCUCCGGGGGAUGUGCUGGAUAAAGUGGCAAGACGUUUAUCCCUCAUAAAACACCCACAGUGCUCCACACUAAGUGGAGGACAAGCUAUAGAGCUUCUAGCAGAGGAUGCCGACAGGACGAGGUUCCCUUUCAGGACACCUAUGGGACAAACAUAUGACUGCUGCUUUUCUUUUGCUGGACUACGGAAUCAAGUUAACAUGACGAUAAUGAAGAAAGAGGCAGAGGAAGGUAUAGAACAGGGGACACUGUUGUCAUGUGUGAAUGACAUUGCAGCUUCUGCACAGCACACAGUUGCCUCUCAUCUUGCAAAGCGAACACAUCGCGCCAUCUUGUUCUGUAAGGCAAACGGCCUGCUGCCAUCAAACAGUCCCACCGUGGUGCUGUCUGGAGGAGUUGCAAGCAAUCAGUAUAUCCGCAAGGCAUUGACCAUUAUCACCGACGCAACAGGACUACGCCUGCUCUGUCCACCGGCCAAAUUCUGCACUGACAAUGGAGUGAUGAUUGCUUGGAACGGGGUGGAACGCCUGAGAGAGGGGAAAGGGAUACUUCCUCCAGAUGUGGAUGUCUCCUAUGAGCCAAAGGCACGGCUGGGUGUUGACAUGACAGCAGAGGUGAAGGCAGCAGCGAUCCGGUUGCCGUCAGUCAGGAUGAAGAUCUCCAGAUGACAGACUGUUUGUCUUAUUUGUCACUCCGAGAUUUUCACAGUUCAAGAGUAUAUAGUGUGUUUAUACUAUAUAAUAAACAUUUUAUACAUCUCAAUUGAUUUGUUUUGAUUUGAAUACUCCUUACAAAACUACUGAAUUUUUUGGGAGGUUUUCUGUGACUGGAUUUUUAAAUAAUAUCGCCGUCAUUCUUGUCAUUACAAAAAAUGAGUUCAGCUUAUUGUGAGCGAGCGACCAAUAAAUAUGCUAAACUAAUUGUAUAAAGAUUUGUCUGUAGAUCUUUUUGCUGUAUGCAUGCACUUAUAUUUGAUUAUAUGUUGCACAGAAUGCAUUUUCUUGCCACUUGAAAACUGAGAGCAGCCUACAUUUCAAGAAAGAAACAAGUAUUCACUGUCUUUUGUAUGUAAAUCCAAUCUGCCCUCACUUAGAACAUUUUAACAACAAAAUGGAUCUUAGGAUAAACAGCUGUUAAUGACCUUGAGUAAACCCCAUUCAAUUCUGUCAAACCACUGUACUCUACAGCAGAUACCAUUUAAUUCCCAUUGAGGCAUAUACUUGGUUGUUAUUGGCUAAGCCAA